UUCCUUUCACACAUCGAUGGAGGGCCCUCAUCCGCAUCCGUAUCUUCAUGACCCUUUACUCUACAUUACCACCUUACCUGCUUAUAUCUCUGAUGAAUCUCUCGCCGUUUCAUUUCUAACAUGCGGUCCAUUGAGACCAAAAAUUCAACGGGAACCUAAUGCUACAUUCGUGUCGGGCACAAUCGAGUUCAAGUUUCUGGAAAAGGCUGAAAAGGCUCUUGCUACCCUUCAAUCUCGCCCAGUUCCAGGGAUUUUACCUCCUGUUCACCUCGUUUUAUCUCCUUAUCCUCCAACAAAUCCACCUACUCCUCUCCCUCCGCCUUCAGCAGUUCCUCGACUUGUAAAGCACAUGCCUCCUGGUUAUUCAGACUCGCAGCUUUAUGAUCUGUUUAGACCUUACGGUGCACUCGCGUCUGUCCGAACCCAAACUCAUUUCGGUCCCGAUACUGGCUUAAUCGAGUUUUGGAACGAAGAAGAUGCACGCAAUGCUGAGGAGGCACUACAUUGCGCUGACGUUGAAGGCCAAAACAUUGCCGUCCAAAUCUAUCAACCUAAGCGGACAGCAAGCGGGUCGAUACCUGAGUUCAACGCCAACGCCCCCACGUUUAUACCAGGUUCCAUAUACCCAUAUCCUACGCAGUAUUCUCCCCCUCGCCAACAUCCAUAUAGCCCGAGAGGUGGUGUAUCACCUCUACCCCACUUCGUUCACGGACCCGGUCAGCAAGUUCAAUUGGCUCCCUCGAGUGGACCUGGCUCGAAUAGCCAUAGCGGACUGAUUGAUCCUUGCAAUCUCUUUUGUAAAAACCUUGAUCCAGAGAUAGACUCGAAUGGCUUAUUCGCUCAAUUCCGCAAGUACGGUCAAAUUGUCAGUGCUCGCGUCAUGCGUAACGAGAAUGGUGAAAGUCGUGGAUUCGGCUUCGUUUCUUUCCAAACUCCCGACCAAGCUGCUGCUGCUCUUCAUUCAAUGAACGGCGUAUUAAUAGGUUCAAAACAGAUCGUAGUCCGUUUGCACGAGCCCAAACAACUUCGGCAGGAGAAACUGGCUCACCGCUUCAGUGGACACGGUAAUGGUCAUCCAAGAAGUGCCAGCGGAGCUACAAGUCCUACAGCUAGCGAAGGAGGUGACAGCUACGGAUACGGAUCACCUCGACACGUCUCUUCUUCGUUGGGAAGCCCUGUAGGUAGUGGGGCCAUGGGGCUGAGUUCUGUGGAGAGGGAAAGGCAAGAUCGCGGCCGAAGAGGCAGUGGUAGUUACUACAACGCCGCGCUCUCUGGAACCCUCAAUUUACCCAUGAAAUACGAUGAUCUUGCAGCACUUUCGCCCGUCGUGCGCAGAGAAGUCCUUACAGGCGAACUAAGCAGACGUGUCAAGAAUUUGGGGACCGUACCAAUAUCUGAAAUCGACUCGGUCGUUGAAUCCUUGAUUGCAGCCUCAUUAAGUGAGGUUGUCAAGGUUAUCGACGAUCCCGGAAAGCUUGCGGAACAAGUCAAGAGCGUUCAGUCAAAUCAAGCUGACACGCAAAGUAAUGAAGAGGAAACCCAAAGUCGUUCAACUUCACAAGACUCACGCUUGUUAGAUCCAAAUGCAUUAGCGGCGACUGCAUCUGCUCCCGAGCAUCCUUCCACUCCUAUCUCUGUCAAUGCGUCUCUCAUGUCAACCCCCCCGCGAACAACGAGCCCCUCUGGAUCUUUGCCCCCCGUGUCUGAGAGAGACAAGAUGUUGACAGCCGUGUCCAAAUUCGAGGCAGACGUCAACAAGCGGGAACUUUUGACGGAUCUCCUCAUGGGAUUGCCGAAACGUGAGAGGGCCAUGUGUUUAUUCAAUACGGAAGUUUUGAGGGCCAAGAUUGAGGACGCAAAAGUUGUGUUGGAGAGCGAAGAGGAGGAGGCACAAGCACAAGCACCAGCACCGCCUCCGGUUACCCCAAAGAAAAAGGCCACAGCAAAACCUGUAGAAGAUGGUUCUUCACCACUAACUCCAGAUCUCUCCUCUCGUGGUCCGUCAGCAACAAGUUCACCCUUGCCAGGUACGCCUACACCUGCGCCGGGUGGUAGCUUUGCUGUUACCUCCCUGUCAUCAAAAGCUCCGCAAUACACGGAUAUCGCAAGCCUUGCGAAGCUUCCAGCUGCAGAAAUUGUUCGCCUUGCAACUAAGGAAGGUACGAUUGCGGCGGGUCUGCUUCCUAAGCCCGAUCCACUUGUCGUUGCCACAACAGACGAAUUCAUUGACGGACUCAUGGGACAACAGCCACAUCAGCAAAAACAACAGUUGGGUGAUAAAUUAUUCAAAGUCAUAAAGUCUUUUGGCAUCAAAUCGGCGCCCAAGGUCACUAUCCAACUACUUGACCAAGAAGACUUGAGGGCUCUCGCUCAUUUGAUGAAUAGCUAUUCCGUUGUGCUGAAGGACAAAGCACAGACGGUGAUAUCAACCAAAUGAGGUGUAGGCGGCUGCCACUUUAUUUCUCCCUUAUUUCCACAUUGGAUCACCGGUUUUAUUUCCAUUGUCACAUUUCAAACGUUUGAUUGUCAUUGAGCACAUUCCAUCACGUUCACUCCGUUUACCAAGUACAAUCUCCUUAGUCUUUUGCUACCCGCUCUUAUCGCUGUCAUAUUUCAUUUCCCAAGUGCAUGGGGCUCCGUAUCUCUCAAGGUCGGCGAAUCUUACAAGAGCAUAUCUGACGGAAGAUCACCGAGUUCAUUGGUGCUUCUAUUUCUGCUACCAUUUUUUAUAUUUACUCAGUGAUGGCGAAACUAUCGCACGACCAAUACUUAUCGACCAUUCUUACCUCUCAUUACCUUUUUACGAAUAUUUACGAAUGCGACGACUUUUGAGGAUGC